UCUAAACUUUUUCAACUGAAGUUAUUUUCGAUAUUUGACCAUUCGCAUUUUGUAGGAAAUUUCUGUAUAACGUUUUAAAACAUCUCUAUAAAUUUAGAAGUUAAAGAAUAAAAAAUGUCCGGAAAAUCUAACAAAGCGUUUACAAAAGAAGAAGAGCUGUUGUUACAAGACUUUAGCAGAAAUGUUUCAACUAAGUCAUCAGCCUUAUUUUAUGGGAACGCUUUCAUUGUAUCCGCUAUUCCAAUUUGGUUGUUCUGGAGAGUGCACGCUUUAGAGGUAAACACAUCCCUAGCAUGGUUCGUGUUUGUAACAGCAAUCAGUACGUGGUUGUUGGCCUUAGCCUAUCGCAAUACAAAGUUCCAGCUGAAGCACCGUGUCGCAGUCCGUAGGGAAGACGCUGUUGCCCGCGAAAUGUCUCGAAAGUUAGCGGAUGACAAAAAGAUGAGCAGAAAGGAAAAGGAUGAGAGGAUCUUAUGGAAAAAAAAUGAAGUAGCUGACUAUGAAGCAACAACUUUCUCCAUCUUCUACAAUAAUGCCUUGUUCCUGACAAUAGUUAUUUUGAGCAGUUUUUACUUGCUGCGUUCGUUCACACCUACAGUUAACUACAUAGUGUCGCUGACUGCUGCCUCGGGACUCCUCGCCCUCUUGUCUACAGGAACAAAGUAAAUGUUCAAUAACUUGUUGUGAAGUGUGUUUGAAAUGGAGUGAAUUCAUAAGAUUUAAGUAAGACUAAAAGUACUCUUUUGUUUAAAUUAUUUAAGAAUGAAUUUAUUUUGUUAGGAUAAUUAAACAAUUUUUGAUUAA